UUUGUACGUACAGGGUUUGUACGUUUCAACCUUCGAGAUUCUGUGGUGCCAAAACUGAGAAGUAACAAGCUCAGAAGAAGCCAGCACCCAAUCCCGAGAAAAUGGAGGCUGAGAAGAAGCCAAAGGCCGGGAUGGUAUUCUCUUCUCUAUUUUCUUCAACAAGACUGUACCAGUUAAUCCCAAACCUUUCCUGAACAGUUUGAUUGGGAAGACUAUUAUUGCAAAACUCAAGUGGGGAAUGGAGUAUAAAGGGUUUCUUGUCUCUGCUGAUUCAUACAUGAACUUGCAGUUAGGAAAUGCUGAAGAAUUUGUUGAUGGGCAAUCCACUGGAACCCUUGGAGAGAUCUUGAUCAGAUGUAAUAAUGUCCUAUAUCUUCGGGGGGUACCUGAGGAUGAAGUGGAGGAUGCAGCAGACCUUGACUAGGAGGAAGAGGCAACCACCUAAAAAUUGGGAAAAUGGCUUGUCGUUGGAGUAUUGUAGUGGUGAUGCCUUUAUUAAGAAAGCAACGACACUGCAGAUUAUGAAAUCAGCAUUUACAUCCUUUGAAACCAUGUGGUUUAGAUCUUUGAUCUACCUUCAGCAUCAGCUAGACUUGGACUUGGGCCGGGUCGGGCCCGGGCCGGCGGUUCUGAAUAGCUGGACCCGGGACCGGCCCGGGUAGCCACCGGGUCCGAUCCGGGCCCGGGCCUCGGGUUUGGUUAAUUUUUUUUUGCUUACCUACCCAUCCCUGACCCCCCUCACCCCCACCCCCAAACCCCUCCUAAACAUCAAGCCCAACCCAGGUGGAGCCCAAACAAAUGAAAAAACAAAAAAAAUUCAAUUUGGCCCGAACAGGGCCCGGGCCCGUGGGGCCUUGUUUUGGGUGACCCGAGCCCGGACCGGAAACCCAUCGGGUCGGGCCUACCCGGACCGGUCACUGACCGGGCCACCGGUUCGGGCCGGGCUGGAAUAGUACCGGUCCCGGGCCGGUUCCGGGUCGGGCCACCCGGCCUGAGUCCAAGUCUAGCAUCAGCAAUCUAUUCUAGAAAAGUUAUUAAUAUAAUUCUUG